UAUCUGAAUGUGCCUGUGCAGCAUUAUUGUCCAACUCAUAUUUUUUGAUGUUUCAUGUAGAUGGCUCGCCAUCUUAGAUUUUGACAUCCAUUGAGAAUCAUCCUCGAAACGACAAAAGUUUAUUAUCACUCGCUAUCGUUUGCAUUGAAGUUAAAGUGAAGCAUGGCCAAAUUAACCUACGUUUACAGAUCAGAUGAGAUGAAUUGCGUCAAAGUAUCAAAACGACAGCUGCCUUUGAUCGGAGGAGAAAACUUGAUGAUGCUUAUGGAUUUAAAUUCCAGAGGCUUGGUAUUCGAUCAACCUCCAGUAAAAGGACAGGAGCUAGAUGAUUUCGCGAAAAAAUACAGAGUGUUAACUCCUGCUGAGCUGCGAUUAUCUUUGAACGUACCGACCAUAGAAUUUACAUCAGUUCUUAGCCAAAAUGUGCCUUGUGUUGGUUGUCGCAGAAGUGUUGAGCGAUUAUUUUAUCAAUUGAUGCUUUCUGGACAUCCAACGCUUGAUCCAAUUGUUAUUACUGGAAGAGGAGUUCUAACCAUUAGCGAAGAUAAAAUGAAGUCUCCGCAGACCCUGUGCACUCUUCUCCAUAAACACAAGUUAGUGUUGGAUGAGCUUCUUGAUAAUCAGUGCCGAAAUAGGAAAAACUUGCGCUGUAAUCUGCAUUCUUUGGACACGUUCCGUUCUCGUCCAUUUUCGGAAACUUGGAGAGAUGUAUGGAAUUGUAUGAAACAGCAAUGCAAGGAUGAGCUUGCUGUAAUUGAAUCAUCCGAACUCCACACAAUGCUUGAUGGAUAUUUGAAGAAGCAUAAAUUUUGUCAGGAAUGUCGAACAAAGGUGGAAAAAGCUUAUUCUUUACUGGUACAUGAAAGUAAUCCUGCAAAAGAGAAAGGUUACGUUGCUCAUUUAUAUUCCGGAAUCAAACGGUGUUUAUCUGAUAAGCACAUUCAUCUUCAAACAAAACUUGAAUAUAUUGACAGUCUUAUCAAACGUGCUGAGCCGGAACUUAACGGAAGAAAUUCAAAACAUCGGGAGCGACAUGCGAAAACUUUAGAGAUCGCUCAAGAAGAAGUGCUUACAUGCAUCGGAAUGUGUCUUUAUGAAAGACUGCGACGGAUUAGUGUGUGUUUGAGGGAAGAAGAAAAUGCUUGUCAAGUGUUAGCUGCAGUAGCUGUUCAUGCCUUGAGUCGUAGUUUUGAUAUGGCAGUAGAGAGGAAACAAGGAAUUAGUAAUUUAGAAUUACUAUAUGAGGAAAUAAGUCGUGAAGAACGAUCAAAAGAACACAAAAAAGAGCAAAAGAAACUAAAGAAACGGAGGAAGCGCAAUGAAAAGAAGUUGAUAGAUAAUACAUCAGAUAAAGCUGUGGAGUGUAGUGACGAAACUGAUUCUAAAUUAUGCUCGUGUUCACCUGAUGAUAAUGAAGAAGACGAUGAGGAAGCAGAUGAUCGUGUCAUGCUUUGCGAUGGUACUAUUAUCGACGCUGGUCCCAAAUCUACUAUAACAAUAAACAGAAAUGAAGCCGAUACAUCUAAAAUGCAAAUAAUAAGUUGCUCAUCAUGCGAAAUGUCCAACAUUGACAAGUUUUCUAAUACUAAUAUAUGUACCAGAUCAUCUUUCGACGGAGGUUAUGCUUCAGAACCAUUGCAAUCAGAAUCAUUGCAUACUUCUUCACAUAUGGAUUCAACAACAUCAAGUUUAGUUAGCACUCCGGAAGGCUCUGAAAUUGCCUGCUCAGAUGGAUUAUGUAACCAUGGAGGAUCAAUACAUUCAAAAAAUAGAUAUGCUCCGUUUUCGAACACAAGUUUUUUUGGAACUAUGCGAUCACCAAACAUGUUGCUGAACUCUAUGUCAGGUCUUCCAAUGACGUUGCAAGAAAUGCUUGACAAAUCAUCAACUGAAGACGAUGACGCAGAAAAUGAUGUUAUCCCUAAUGAAUGUAUACUGGAGUUUAAAUCACGCAGUAACGUUAUCAAAAAACAAAGAGAGGCUCUACGACAACAACUUUUGAAUAAUUUUAAGCAGUUAUGUGUCAAGCAUUGCAAGAAGGAAGAUUCAAAAGUAGAUUGAUGCUGGGUUAUUAUUUUCAAAGUUUAGCAAAAUGAUAAUUUUUUUACCGUUUCAAAUAAAUAUAUUGCAAUGAGGCCUGUUGCUUCUCAUAAUUGAAA